GAAGGCGACAGAGGCGGUGGGGCGCGGGCUGGAGAGCGGCAGCGGCCUGAGUGGGGCGUCGGCUGCCGCGUGAAGUUUCCCAGUGGGCCGCAGUCUGGCGAGCGCAUGUGCCCGCUGCUCGCGGUCCUAGGCUCAGCCGGAAAGGAAUAAUGCUGUCAGCAUGUCUGCACACUCCAUGCUCUGUGAACGGAUCUCCAUAGCCAAGGAACUGAUCAAGAGAGCAGAAUCACUUUCCAGAUCAAGAAAAGGUGGCAUUGAAGGUGCUGCAAAGCUGUGCAGCAAAUUGAAGGCUGAAUUAAAGUUUUUACAGAAAGUAGAAGCUGGGAAAGUAGCCAUUAAGGAAUCCCAUUUACAGAGCACUAAUUUAACACAUCUAAGAGCCGUAGUGGAAUCAGCAGAAAACCUGGAGGAAGUUGUUAGUGUUCUCCAUGUUUUUGGUUACACAGAUACCUUGGGAGAAAAGCAGACCCUUGUGGUUGAUGUUGUUGCAAAUGGUGGUCAUACUUGGGUGAAAGCCAUUGGCCGAAAGGCUGAAGCUCUGCAUAAUAUUUGGCUGGGCAGGGGCCAGUAUGGUGACAAAAGCAUUAUUGAGCAAGCUGAAGAUUUCCUGCAGGCCAGUCACCAGCAGCCAGUGCAGUAUAGCAAUCCUCACAUCAUCUUUGCGUUUUACAACAGUGUCUCCAGCCCCAUGGCAGAGAAGCUGAAAGAAAUGGGCAUAUCUGUGAGAGGAGACAUAGUAGCAGUUAAUUCUCUGUUAGAUCACCCUGAAGAACUCCAACCCAGUGAGAGAGAAUCAGAUGACGAGGGCCCUGAACUUCUCCAGGUGACCAGAGUAGACCGAGAAAAUAUACUAGCAAGUGUUGCAUUUCCUACAGAGAUUAAGGUUGAUGUGUGCAAAAGAGUAAAUCUGGACAUUACAACUUUAAUCACAUAUGUAUCUGCCCUCAGCUAUGGAGGUUGCCACUUUAUCUUUAAAGAAAAAGUGCUCACAGAACAAGCAGAACAAGAGAGGAAAGAGCAGAUUCUACCACAGCUUGAGACAUUUAUGGAGGACAAGGAGCUGUUUGCUUGUGAAUGUGCUGUCAAGGAUUUUCAGUCUAUUCUAGAGACUUUAGGAGGACCUGGGGAGAGAGAGAGGGCCACUAUGCUAAUUAAGCGAAUCACUGUGGUGCCAGACCAGCCUUCUGAGCGUGCCUUGGGACUAGUAGCCAGUUCAAAAAUCAAUAGUCGUUCAUUAACGAUUUUUGGGACAGGGGACACCCUAAAAGCCAUCACAAUGACUGCCAAUAGUGGUUUUGUCAGAGCUGCCAACAACCAGGGUGUUAAAUUUAGUGUGUUUAUCCAUCAACCCAGAGCACUUACUGAGAGCAAAGAGGCUCUAGCCACCCCCUUACUAAAAGACUACACAGGUGACACUGAAUAUUGAUGAUAUCCUUUAAAUAUUAUUGUGGAAAUAAGUUUUUAUACCAGAGGCUGGGUCUUCCUAUCUUAAUUGGAAAAAAAAGUUUGUAAUAAAAAUAACAACUUAGAAUUCAAAUAAGUAGUGUUGAUUUGCUUCUCAUCUAUAAAGUAUAUAACUUCCUAAAAUAGAAAAAACACAAGAGACAACAUUAUUUAUCAAACUGUUUACAUUAUAGUAAUUAGGAACAGAAGUGUAUAUGUAAGGCUUUUAGCUGUGUCACAAUGCUUUUAUUUGAUUCAGUAGGGCUACAACCCCACCUACUGGUAAUCACAUUUCAUGGACUAUGGCUACAACUGCAUCUUGCAUUAAAUACCUGGUGAAAACUGAACCUUGUUUUUUAUUAUAUGGUUUUAUCCAUUGAUAAUGGGUUGAGGCUGAGAGAUGAUAGUGUGUAAUUAAUUUUAGAUUCUAAAUUUAUGGACAUUAUAAAUGACAAACUGCUAUGUGUCAGGUGUAGUCUGGGUAUGUUUACAAAAAUUAAUAUAGAAUAAAGUAAAUUCUUUUUUGUUUUUCUUUUUAAAAGUAAAUUCUGAUCUUGCAAGUCCUAUGGACCUUUUGAUACACCUUUGUGAAAAGAAGGACAACAAUUGCACUACUAUAAACCUAGGACGUAUAAGAUAAAAUAUUAAUUUGAACAAAUUGAAAAAGUUAUAUAAAACGUAAAAAGAAUUCAGAUCUUUUAAGUACAAAUAGUUCCCAUGUUGCAGAUACAUGACUUAAGAAUCCUACUUUCCCUUUUUCUUUUGUAAGUGGCAAGUGACAACUGUAUUGUUUCACUGUUGUGAAAUAGUGGCAGGGAGAUUUCCAUACAUGGUAAAUGAUACCAGGUAUGGUGUCAUUUGUAAUUGAGAAGAAAUUUUUAUAUCCAGGAUGUACUAAGUACUUAAUUAAUUUGUAACAAAGCUAGCAAAUUAGCAAAGUAGGUAUGUGUUCACAUUUUAAAAAUGGGAAAAUUGAGCCUAAGGGCUUAAACUAAGUGUGGGACCCAGUAUUAUAUGAUUUUAUGUCAUCACAGCCUAACCUUCUACUAUGCCAACUCCUAUUUUAUGAGAAGAGAAACCCAAUUUCCAGCCACAAUGUUUGAUGGGGAGGUGUAAUUUGAUUAUUGGGGCCCAUGAACAUUCUGAAAUGAAGUGUAAAAUUAAAUGUAUGGAGUGUUUUUCUUAGGAGAGAUUCUGUUACUCAGAACAUAUUUUCUAGGGGAGAAGGCUGUGAUUGGUCUUCCAAUUUAGUGUAGAGAGGUAUACAGGGUACAGCAGAAUGGCCACUUGAAUGUGGUUGGUAGGGUAAUAAUAGAGGUAUAAAAAUGUAUAGUUUUAAUUGAACAUUUCACCUAAAAUGAUAUAUCGUGUGCUUGAGUGUGAUAUUGUUAUGUUACAGAAUUACAUGCUUAUGAUUUUGUAAUAAAAGAUUUUGUAAUAAAGUGUUAUUUG